CAACCAUUCUGUGAAUAUAAAGCAAAAAGAAGGCAAUAGUCCAGAAGACAAUAUCUCUAGUUUCAAUUCAAUCACUCAUGGCAUCAGUUCAAUGCAACAAGCCCACUGAGCAAAACAUUAAUCAUGUUCAAUCCUCCACCGUGUGCAACAAGACCAGCACUCCAACUAGCCAACUGGCUGUUAGCAACAAGACCAACACUCCGAUUAGUCAAAAGGCUGUUUGCAACAAGACCAGCACUCCGACUAGCCAAAAAGCUGGGUCCAACAAGACUAGCACCCCGACAAUCCAAAAGACAAAUAAUGAGAACCACUCUUUUGCUGACAAAAUGAAAGAAAUGACACACAAAAUGUUUCACCGUGAACAUCACACUCAACAGGGCCAGAAGGCACACACCCAAAAAGGACGUCAGUCUGUCUGUCAUGCGUCCUGUGCAACUCAUGGCACUCAUGCUAACCAUACCCAGCAUUCUGCAAAUCGUACUACAACUAAUGGAAAGAAAAAGAUGGAAGGCCACUGCAUGCCUAUGAGGAAGAACAAACAAGAAAAAUACAAGUUCAGUGACAGCAGCAGCAGUAGCAGUGAUGACAGUGAUAAUGAAAAGUGUGGAAAGAAGAAGAACUAAGAGAGGAGUACUGCGGAAGAUCAGCUACAAGGAGUGCAAGGAUGAAAGCAACUUGAAUAAGGCAUAUUUCAUCAAUAUUUCUUAUACCUAAAUGGUGGAAUGAUGUGUCAUGUCAGUAAGUGAUUAUCAUUUUGAUUAUGCAAUGAAAAAGUUCAAUGUUGAAUUU